AUGUCGUUGAUGAAUCCAUCAACGUAUCCGAAGAAUUUGAAGGCGCAUGGCUGGGGUUGGCAUCGUGGUUCUAACCCCGCCACGUCUGUUAAGGGGUUCUUGAGAAAUGAACGAGGUGAAGGAAGCGAUAAAGAACCCCUUAUUGGUAACAGUGGGAGCUUGUAUCCAUCGCUGCCUACUGAGGAUGAUACGAUAUUCAGUACGGGUAUGAGACUGUACCCGGCGCUUCCUGCUGAAGAGUACGAAUCGGGAGCAGUGGAAGAAGUGGUUGAAGAAGUUUGUGCUGCCGUCAAUGUGAACGCUGUGGUGAGUACUGACUAUUCUUCUUGA